CUUAUAACAUGUCUGUGGUUGUCUAGCUCGUAGAUAUCUAUGGGCUUGUUUACGAAGGCAAAUGUCUAAGCUAUCGGUGGCACUUACUUGUCUUAAAUCUUCCAUUAAAGAAAAAGUAAGCCAACGUUGAGUCACAAAGAUGUCGUCGGAGGAGUUUGAGAAGUUGCAUGAAAUGUACAAGUCAUUGUUUGAAGAGUUGAAGCUGAUGCCGGCCCGGCUGCUAAGAAGCCAUGCAGAGGAGAAGAAGAGCUUGCUGAGGGCCUUCGAGGAGAGGAAGGGCGAGGCUGAGGAAAUUUUGCAAGGAAUGGAAGACGAGCUGCAGGAUGCGCCGCAGUCCUUCAAAAAUCCGAUGAGGACAAAGCUGCGCUUGUACCAACGGGACCUGGCCAAGCUGCAGAGGGACAUGAAGAACUCUAACCCGGGUUCUGCGAAGUCGGAUGGCGUCUAUUCAUCACAAAACCAGCAAAGUACACACCUGCAGUCGCAGAGGGCCUUGCUCCUGCAGGGCACCCAGUCUCUGAACAACGCCAGCCAGAGCAUCGAGCGAAGUCAGCGCCUGGCCGCCGAGACGGAGCACAUCGGCACGGACAUCAUCGAGGAGCUGGGAGAACAGCGGGAACAACUCGACCGCAGCAGGAACAGGUUGGUGAAUACAGGAGAGAACCUCAGUCGGUCAAGAAAGAUCCUUCGUUCUAUGUCUCGGCGGCUCAUGACAAACAAGCUCCUGCUGGCCGUCAUCAUCCUGAUGGAAGUCGCCAUCCUGGCCGCUGUCGUCUACCUCAAAUUCUUCCGCCGAUGAGAACAGGAGUCCUGACCAGGUCUGAAAGGUCAAAUCUUCACCCGGCUUGUCAGGAGGAUGCUGGAGUUCCUCAUGGACCAAACCACCACGGGACAAUGAGAACAUUUACCCCUGGGAAGACAGACCACAGGAUGCACAAACUGGAAGCCUGCUUGAAGACAUCUGAUUGGCUCAGCAGCUUCGAUGAGGUAAUCACCAACUUGCUGAUUGAUGCUUUUUAUGCUUCCUCAGUCGAAGACCACAAAGCAGACUUAAUUGUGAUUUGCAAUUCUCAGCUGUGAUAACACAAGCCACUAUUCUUCUUACUAAAUGUUGUGUAGGCACUGCAGUGAAAUGCAUGCUUGCUUCUUUUGCUUGUUUAAAGACUACAACAGGGGUGUCCAAACUUUUUCCUCAGCACACGGAAAAAUUUUAGCAUGCAGGGGCUAUUUUGAUAUUUUUAUUUUCAAACCAUAACAAAAUAUAUGGAUUUUUUUCAUCCUUAGGGCUCCUGCGGAGCAUAGAGGGUUUCAGUCACUAAAAUGUUAAAAAUAAGUCAAAUUAUUAUUUUUUUAAAUUUAAUGCUUACAGUAAAUCUCUAUAUCAACUUGAGGUUGAUAUAAAGUAAAACAAAUAAGGUUUUAUGCCUUUUCUGUCAAAGACAACUUUGUUUUUUUGUAGUAAAACUGAAAUAUGCAGUAUUUAGAUAGAUAGAUAGUACUUUAUUGAUUCCUUCAGGAGAGUUCCUUUAUUUAGCAAUUAAAGCCCUCAAAGAUCAAUAAUGCAGGACACCAUUGAUUUUAAUGAUUUAAUAUUUUUGAGUAAUCACAGUGAAAAGUUCAAUAAAAUCCUACUAAAUAUAUUUGAGAUCCGAAAGGUUCCCCACUCAUAAAGUGAUGCAUUUGUAUUAGUUUUUUUUUUUUACAUUUAACACUUAAAUUGAAAUUUAUCUGUCGAUUUUAAGUUUGAUCUACUAUUUUGUUCGUUUUAUGCUCUUUUGUCAAAACUUUGAUGUUUUUAUAUGGCAACCACUUAACAUAUGCAAUAUUUUUUCCACAUAAAACAUUUUAAAGUGAUAAUUUUUAAGUAAUAAUUCAUUAUAAGAUAGAUUUUUUUGGAGCAAUGGAAAAAAAAGAAAAUAAAGACAAGAGGAACAAAAAACUGCCUGCACGGCAGCUUUGUGUCAACAUUGCCGCUUUUUCUCAUUAGAUUUCACCUCAUUCCACUUUUUUUAAAUGUUUUUAUUUUUAUUUUUGCAAUACUAUCAAUUGUGCAAUUUUUUGCAGAAUGUGGCUACAACUACCUACUUUUUUUUUUUUAAACCAGCCUUCUCAUCACGGCGGUACCUCAACUUAAGAGUGCUUUCAGAUAAAACACGUCUUUUGGCUAAUUUUGUUUAAAGUUGCAAGCAAAAAGUUAAGAAGCGAGGCUCUCUGCCAUUUUUUGGCGUAGCAAAUGCAAUAGUCAAAACACUAUAAUAGUGUUUUACUCACUAGCAAUAUUUUACAGGAACAGAACUCUUGUUUUUCCAACCAUCGUAAGACAAAAAUGAGUGUACGCUGAUUUGAGAAGCGAUCGUUUUAGUUCAGGUGUCGGCAACCCAAAAUGUUGGAAGAGCCAUACUGGACGAAAAAUACAAAAACAAAUCUGUCUAGAGCCGCAAACAUUUUUUAAAAGCCGUAUUAUGUACAGAUUGUGAAUCAUGAGAUAUAAAUUGAUUUAAGAGGACUUAAAUGAAACUAAAUGAGCUCAAAUAUAGCUACAAAUGAGGCAUAAUGAUGUACAUACAGCUAGCCUAAAUAGCACGUUAGCAUCGAUUAGCUUGCAGUGACCAAAUAUGUCUGAUUAGCACUCCACAUAAGUCAAUAGGGACGGCGUGGCGCAGUGGAAGAGUGGCCGUGUGCGACCCGAGGGUCCCUGGUUCAAAUCCCACCUAGUACUGUUGUGUCCUGAGCAAGACACUUCACCCUUGCUCCUGAUGUGUGCUGGUUGGCGCCUUGCAUGGCAGCUCCCUCCAUCAGUGUGUGAAUGUGUGUGUGAAUGGGUAAAUGUGGAAGUAGUGUCAAAGCGCUUUGAGUACCUUGAAGGUAGAAAAGCGCUGUACAAGUACAACCCAUUUAAUAACAUCAACAAAACUCACCUUUGUGCAUUCACACACAACGUUAAAAGUUUGGUGGACAAAAUGAGACAGAAAAAGAAGUGGCAUAAAACACGUCUUAGAAAGUCGGAGAAAGUUGUACAUGUAAACAAACUAGGGUGAGUUCAAGGACCGGCAAAAUUAGUAGGACAAAACGGCGCUCGCCAAAUACUGGAAUCAGUGAAGCAUGUUUAAUAUAAACAGUGUGUUUUAUAACAAUUAUGGAGGUUUGUGUCAUGUUUGUGCUCCGACAGAAACCAUAUUAAAACAAAUAUUUUUUCCAUUUGUCAUACAUUUUUUUAAAAAAGCUCCAAAGAGCUGCGAGUUGCCGACCCUCGUUUUAGUUAGAAUCUUCUAAGCUUAUGAGUUGAGUGGAAACACAUCUUUAUAUCUGUUGGAGGCAAUGAUUCAUGACAGCAAAGGAAGUUGUUUCCCCGGACGUUGAACGAGCCAUUCCUUUAAUCAAUCUGAUAAUCAUCAAUGCUUGCAGAAAUAAUAAAGUUUCCUCAAAGUA